AUGGCAAAGGCUCGAGCGCCUGAUUCGUUCUCCAUUGUGGCCAGUAACUUCUACCAGCUGUCCGGCCCUACUGAUGUGGAUCAGGUCUUCGAAUCUUCUGUCUACGAGCUGACCUUGGCUGUCGGUACCGCCGUGCUGUGGUCUUCUUUGAAUGCCGAGUCCAGCUUGGAGGUGGCUUGUGCUGCCUGGCUUGGAGCUCCUCUGUUAGAGCCCACCUCGACUGCGACAAAUCUUCCAAGCUUCCCCAAGACCUUUGCAAUGGUACAAGAGUGCCUAUCUUGCAACAAGGACCCUAUAUUGCGCUUUAUCAUGGAAAUAUCUGCACGCUCAAUUCGAUACGGUCAGCUCUACUCACUUGAUCGUUUCUCGCCUGUUACACGGUAUCAUAGUCUGAUCUUCUCGUUUUCGCUUAUUGUAGUUCAGAGUGUCCGCUCAUGA